AUGGCAGCCACCAACAUUUCAACAUGUAAUGCUGCGCACGGAUCUUCCUCCCAGGUCCUACUGGCUACUGCGGUCGUCAUGGUGGAAGACGAUGAAGGCAACCAGUAUCCAGCAAGGGCUCUUUUAGACUCGGGGUCUGAGAGCAACUUUAUCACGGAACGAUUGUGUAAGCGUUUGAAGGUGACUCGAGAUAAGGUGGACAUCUCGGUUUUUGGCAUUGGUCAAGCGGCAACAAGGGCACAGGAUUCGAGCUAUGGUUACGGUUCAACAAUCAAAAUUGAUGCAUGGUUAAUUCCAAAUGGGAUCGAACUGGCCGAUCCCGCAUUUUUCGAAUCCAAAGGGGUGGAUAUGGUUCUCGGAAUCAAGAACUUCUUCGAUUUCUUCGGGACUGGAAGGCGGAUCUCGUUGGGAGAACAGCAACCAACACUAAAUCACUCAGUAUUCGGUUGGGUUGUUUGCGGUGGUGUGUUUAGUACGCUGGAUUCACUUCACAUUAACUGCAACGUAGCAUCAACUGAAGGUUUAGACGCAUUGAUGGAACGCUUUUGGGCCAGCGAGGAUAUCGGAUCUAGUAAGACUUAUUCCCUGGAGGAAAAUCGCUGUGGGGAGCUGUUUCAGCAAACCGUUCGGCGCGAAGAAGAUGGUCGGUACACAGUCGCACUUCCCAAAAAUGAAGACGUCCUUCUCCGGCUAGGCGAGUCAAGGGACAUCGCCUUCCGACGCCUUCAGGGAACUGAACGCAUGCUUUCAUGA